AUGGGGGUCCACGACAACGCGGACUCGAAGUACAGCGUUAUGGGUACUUCGGGUUUUUCGAAAUUGGCACCGAAACGUCCUAAUACUGUUGUGUUCAACGAGAAUCCGAAUAAAAUCGCAAGACACGAGGAUAAUCAACAGAAUGUGCAGACGGAAAACACGGAUAAAGGAAACAUAAGCUUACAACAACAAAGGAAAUCGUUACCAGUCUACAGGCUUCGUAAGCGAUUGCUUGAAGAAAUCCGCAGACAUCACACCCUGAUCAUAAUCGGGGAAACAGGCAGUGGUAAAACCACGCAAAUUCCUCAACUGCUUCUCUCAUCCGGGAUUGCGGGUACAUCCGGUUGCAUCGGUAUAACGGAACCCCGGAGAGUAGCCGCGGUGAGCGUGGCCCGCAGAGUUGCACAGGAACAAGGAGUGGAACCGGGAAAAUUGGUUGGCUAUUGCGUUCGUUUCGAGGAUGUGACUUCUUCGCAGACUAGAAUCAAGUACUUAACCGACGGGAUGAUGGUCCGCGAAGCGAUGAUCGAUGAAAUCUUAUCAGAUUAUUCGGUGGUGAUCCUUGAUGAGGCUCAUGAACGAUCGGUACAAACCGACGUACUGCUCGGUGUCGCGAGGAGGGCGCAGAAUUUGCGAAAGCUGAAAAACCUGCCUCCGCUGAAGCUGCUCAUCAUGUCGGCGACGAUGGACGUCGAUAAAUUCAGCAAAUAUUUUCAAGCGCCGGCCGUCUAUUUGGAGGGUCGUCAGCAUCCGGUUAAAAUUUAUCACGCUGUAAAGCAGCAAGAGGAUUACACGCAAGGAUUACAUGCCUAUAUGUUCUCCGCCCUCGUUACCGCUUUCCAGAUUCAUCGCGACAACCCCGCGAACGAGGAUAUCUUAGUUUUCCUGACCGGGCAGGAAGAAAUAGAAGCUGCUGUAGCGAGCGCGCGACAAGUAGCUAAGCAACUGGAUGGAAAGGGUUAUCCACCGUUGAAGGUAUUCCCAUUAUAUUCGGCAUUACCCACCCAUCAACAACUGGAAGCCUUUAAACCAUCCGUUCCCGGAAUGCGAAAACUGGUUAUGUCUACAAACGUAGCUGAAACUUCUGUCACCAUUGGUGGAAUUCGACACGUGAUCGACACCGGAGUGGUCAAAGCAAGAACUCAUCAUCCGACCACCGGAUUGGAUGUGCUCAGGGUGGAAAAAGUCUCAAAGGCACAGGCUUGGCAGAGAAGCGGCAGAGGUGGCCGUGAAGCGCCCGGCAAAUGUUACAGAACUUACACGAAGGAGGAUUUUGAGAGAAUGAAGGAGAUGCCGGUACCGGAGAUACAAAGGUGUUCCCUCACGGGAGUAGCAUUGCAGCUGCUCGCUAUCGGAGUUGAUAUCACCACCUUUGAUUUUAUGGACAAACCGCCGAAAGAUGCCGUCGACGUAGCGGUGACCUGUUUGGAGAAAUUGGGCGCCGUUAAGGGUUCUCCGCUGCACUUGACUACACUCGGCAGAACAAUGUCCUUAUUCCCGUUGGAUCCACGAUUCACCAAGGCGAUUCUUGCAUCGGUAGAGCAUCAAUGCCUCGAAGAAGCCCUCACGGUUAUCGCUUUAUUGUCGGGAGAAUCCGUUUUCAGUGACCCACCCGCGAAGAGACAGCAAGCUUACGUUGCCAGAUCAAGAUUCGCUUCACCCGAGGGAGACCACGUCACGUUGCUGAACGUUUUUCGCGCGUACACGAACACGAAGCAGAAGAAGGUCUGGUGUCACGAGAACUUUCUGCAUCACAGGAAUCUGGAGUACGCUGCGGAGGUGCGACAGCAACUCGCCGCAUUGGCGGAACGUGCGAAUUUGGAGAAGGCCAGCUGUGGUACGAAUACCGAGCAACUCAGAAAAGCGCUCCUCGAGGGCCUCCACGAUAAUCUCGCUGAAUUGCAGAGGGACCAGGCUUACGUCACCGUGAGCUCGAAACAGCCGGUCGCUAUACAUCCUUCCUCGACUUUGCACGGUACCAAGCCACCGUUAAUAUUAUUUACGGAGGUUGUAGCGACUGGAAGAUGUUACGUUCGCGGCUUGUCCGUCAUUGAGUCCUCGUGGUUAACGGAAAAAGGGCGCCAUAUUGGAAAACAAGACUAAGCUGAUAUACAAGUUACCUCUGGAUACUAUUGGCAAGAACAAUUUCGGAAUCCUUCUACCUACUAGGACUGUCAUAAUUAAGGCAAACUGAUGAAAAUGGUUUUUGUACUCUGUACAGUUGUUUAAUAAAAAUGACUAACUGUUUAAUCAAA